UCCUUAUUCUACAUUGUUUGUAUAUUUGGUAUAUGGUGAAUGGUCUGCACUUACAUAGCACUUUUUAUCCAAACUGUGUCUCAUUCACCCAUUCACACACGCACACCAAUGGUAGAAGAGCUGCCAUGCAAGGCGUUAACUUGCCAUCGGGAGCAAUUUGGGGUUCAGUGUCUUGCCCAAGGACACUUUAGCAUGUGGAGUCAUGUGGGCCGGGAAUCAAACUGCCAACCCUACAAUCAGUGGACAACCCGCUCUACCACCUGAACCAUACCCGUCUUUAUUUAGAUGCAAAUUUGGGGGUUUUUUUCCUGGUAGUGUAGAUAAGCAUCUGAAAAGUGUGAUACUUUUUCCAUGUGAGUCCUAUGCUUUGUCCAAUCAGCAGCGAGCAUAUGGUGUUCAAUACAGGCCUACCCUUUCUGUUUUGAUUUAAAUGUUAAUGUGUUUCUCAUUUUGCUGUUUUGUUUUCACAUUCAUUGAUGUGUUGCUGAAUUUGCUGUCAUGUUAAUCUUUUGUUAAUGUUUUUUGUCUACCCAGGCUUUUGUCACCAUUUUCUCCCCUCCUUUGCCUGUUUACAGUACCUGUAUCUGUUUGCAUUGACUGUCCCAGGUGCUGCAAUGGAUCGAGUUAGCCUGCUUUGGCGGUUGAGGCGUCGAGCCCGUCGUGGAGUUUUUUGCAUGGCCCUAUUUUGCAUGACCAUGGCUGUACUGUAUACACUGUGUGCUGAAAACAGUGUACCUGUCACUGAUGCCAUCUUUGGGGUGAGGGCAAGGACUAGGGCACAGCCAAGGGCGCACACUAUUGUAAAGGUGCUUCGGGGAGCGGGUGGAUCAAAACCGAUGUAUGUGGACCCUCAAAAGCUCCCGGGUGUUAUUCCUGGAGAUCCUCAAAAGCCUAUCCCUGUCCUCUCAUCUUUAAACUACUCAAUGGAGGCAAGUCAAAAGGAGCAGCACCCUGUGAGCAAAGAAAGGGAACGACAUGGGCUUCUUGCUUGGCUAUUGGGCAGACCACUGAGUCAUGCGCUUGAGACCGUUAUAGGGGGCCGAAGAAAAGACCCAGCCGGCCAUAAAGUGGAAGAUUUCUUUGUCGCCAAGGGGAAGGGUGGAAUGAUAUGGAAUGAUGAGAUGUCCAGUAGCAUGCUGGACAAAAGGCUGAAGAAGGUGGUGCAGAACUAUCAGGCAAUGAAUAAAUAUGGCGUGAAUCUCUCCAGAUCAGAAGGCGGAAAAAGACGGGUAAAACUGAGUGGCCCAGAGCUCUUGUGCCAACUCAAAGAGUUGGUGAAAAUCACCACAUUAACACCAGAGAUGGAGCCAUUUACUAAAUUUCCCUGGGCCUCCCAGCUGCCUGCACGACCCCUGACCUCUGCACUUGGUCCAUUUAAAACAUGUGCUGUUGUGUCGUCUGCAGGUUCUCUGCGGAACUCUGGACUAGGGAAAGAGAUUGAUGCCCAUGAUGCAGUAGUACGAUUCAAUGCUGCACCCACUGUGGGCUUUGAGAAAGAUGUGGGCUCUAAAACUACAGUGCGCCUGAUCAAUUCACAGGUGAUGGCAUCAGAAGAUCACCACUUCCUGUCCAGUUCUUUAUACAGCAGUGGAACAUUAGUGGCCUGGGAUCCUGCCCCUUUCUCCUCAGACCUAUCUGAGUGGUACAACAAUACAGAUUAUCCAAUAUUUAAACAAUAUCAGCGGUACAGACGGCUGCACCCACAACAGCUGUUUUAUAUUCUACAUCCCAGCAUGGAAUGGCAGCUAUGGAAGCAGCUACAAGAUAACAUGGCUGAGCCUAUUCAGAAGAACCCGCCUUCCUCAGGCCUACUAGGGACAGUACUGAUGAUGUCACUAUGCGACGUGGUCCAUGUCUAUGAGUUCUUGCCGUCACGGCGCAAAACCGAGCUCUGCCACUACUAUCAGAACUUCAGAGACGCAGCCUGCACCAUGGGUGCGUACCACCCUCUGCUUUAUGAGAAGAACCUGGUGAAGAGGAUGAACCAGGGUUUUGAGAAAGACAUCUAUAAUCGUGGCAGGGUGACGCUGCCUGGAUUUAACACCUUUGACUGUACACAGAUUUCCAACUCUUCAACUUCUUCAAAGGCGUACAUGAAAGACUUAAAGGUUUAAGUAAUAAAUUAAAUGCAUAAAUAAAAUGUUAUUAUUAUUAUUAUAAUUAUCAUAACUUAGCAUUCAGAAUGUGACUGUAUUAUUUAUUGCAUGACAAUGUAUGAUUACUGCAGUUUAUUUGGAAAAACAAAGCUGGUGUGCAGGAAGCUGGCUCCCUCCCCAUAAGCUGUACAUGUAUUUAUUUACAGGCUAUUUGUUAAUGAGUGCUUGAACACUUAAAGAACAUUUAUUUGCCAUCAUCAGUCGAGAGAAGGGAAUUUUGAGGGACACAUAUAACACAUGGAUAACAUGUACUCUGCUUUUUAGCUGAAUAGUUAGGACUGGCCAGAUUAUUAGUUAAAUCUACCAAUUACAACAGACACAUUUUGUGCCUAUAUUACAGACUGUAGCUCAUUUGAUGCUAUGCAUAAUUUGUCAGCCCCAAUCGCUCAAUGAAUAGAGAUCACCAUAGGACCAGCACUGACCUGAUAUUAUUUUGGGUGGUUGGCCAUUGUUUUUUUUAGCACAACAUUGACACUGACAAAUCAUUCUGUCUGGUGUAGGUAUGAGUGUGUAAUUUAUUUUAUUUUAUUUUUUACACCCUUUAAAGUGAUCCUAUAGUGAUGCCUUUCACAUGGCGUAAAGUAAGAUAUCAUGAAAUACACAAAAUAGUAGCAAGACGGAACAUAUAAACUUAUUUAUUAUUUAUUUAUUACUCCAAUUGGUGUCCACUUUGGUGCAUGUGUUCAGAGGGAAUUAUGUUGGUCAAAAAGGGAAUAAUUAAGCUUAUACUCAAAGAUCUUCACAAAAUGGGUGAACAAUUUGGUUUUCAAUCAAAUUGCCAUUCAGUAUAUAAUUUUUAAUUAUUUGAUUGCAAACAAUAAUGAUGAGAAAAUGUACAGUACAUUAAUUUCAUUUUCAAUCAGUCAGCCAUGCAGUAUUUCCUCUAUAUGGCCAAAGAUUUGUGGGCACCUGACCAUCAUACCCAUAUGUGGUUCUCUCCCUGUAUAGAAUAUCUUUGUACACAGUAAUAGUACAGUUUCCCUUCACUGGAACUAAGGUGCCCAAACAUGUUGCAGCAUGACAGUGUAUACAAUGGUCCAUGGAGACAUUCCUUGUGAAGGUUGGAGAGCCCUGAUCACAAUCUCACUGAACACCUUUGGGAUGAACUAAAACCUGGAUGUUGGCCAUAUGUCGUAUUUUUGCAGGUUAAUACUGAAGUUCAUUAUUACAAAUAAAAUGUUGAUGUUCUGUGUGAUUUUCUGUUAAAUAAUUUUUCCCCACCAUUAUUGUUAUUUUUCAAAAAUCACACAAAGGUCAUCAUUAUUGUUUGCCACCAGAUACUAAUAGUAAGUAUUUAAUUGCCAUUUGAAUGAAAAAAGGGUGGUCUCUGACUUUUGUACAGUAUGUAAUUUGACUGCAAAUAAGAAUGUGCAAGUCAUUACAAAUUCAGAGAGCAUUGAUGUCCACUUUCGAUAAGAGCCUGUUAAUCUAAACAGAGCGACUUUUAAAAAUCAUUAUUAUUUCUUAAUAUGCAUGCAGUCUUCUAUGAUGUCUCUUUAAAAGGCCAGAGUCAAUGCAAGGUUUCAAUGUAUAUAUGCAUUUGUUUAUUUCACUGUGAGGCUUUAUACCAACAGAAAUACUGUUCAACCUCAUUCUAUACAGAAUGUUCCUGCAUGUGUAGCUUAAAUUGCACUGCACCCUAACUUUGAUAAACUUGUUUCAUUCUUUAUGGCAUUCUUGCAAAAAGAUGUUUACUGACAGUGCAUGAAAGUUUGGAGUUUGGUUUUGUUGCCACAAAAAAGACUUGUUCUCAUUUGUGAUUCACAGUAAGCCUGAUUUCUGGGUAUUGGCUUAUUCAUGAGAUCACAUUGAGCAUCAUCUGCAUUCUCUUGAACCUUCUCCAGAUGUGUCGGAGGAGUCUAGCAUGAAAACUACACUGCAAGAUCAAUGUAAAAGAGACCUAUGCACAUUUCAUUCCCACUUAAGAAAAUUACAACCAUAUAUUUAUGUGUAUUAAGUAUAUUUUCUUAUGUAUUUUUAGAAUUAGACCUGUUAUUUUUCUCUCUGUACAAUGCUAAGUUAUUUAAAUAUUCUCAGCAGACACAGUAGACAUUCAAAUGCCAAAGCUGUUAUGCAUGUGACUCAGUUCCUAUGGGCCCUUGGAUGUGAUGUUGAGAAGAAGAAAAAAACAGCAUGUACACCAGAAGUAAAACUGUAAAUGAGUUUUAUAGAUGUUUUGUUGUUUUUUCAUGUCACUUUUUAUUCCUUUUGUUAACUUACAAUUGUGAUUGUGUGAAGUAUCUAGACAAAAUAAGCUUCAUUGUCCACUGAUUGCACAAUCUUCUCUUUGUCCUCUGAACUCAGAUGAUCAAAAGAAAACAAGAUUCUUUGAGAAGAUAAAAAACAAAUCUAUGACUACAUUAUAUAAAUAUUCUAUACAUCUUGAUUGUAUUGCUAAUUCUGCUUGCAUUUUCAGAUGCAGUACAUGUAGUAGUGCAUAACAGCAGUUUACAUUUGUAUUUAAAAAAUGGCUAAACUGACACAGUAGCGUAUGAAGAUAUUCUUACCCACCUACUAAAAGCACACAUUGAUUCUGUGCACAUUUUCUUUUGAUCUAAAUCACAGUAAUAUAAUCACUGUAUAGACCAGUGUUAAAAAACACUGCCAGUUCCAUCUCUGCCACUAAGGCCAUUUUAGGCAUCCAUCCAUCCAUUUUAAUCUCACUGUCUCAUCCAGACAAAUUUGCCUUUAGUAUCUGUUUCACAAUCAGCUUGUGAAAUGGUUUGUUUUUCACCUUGGUUGUGAUAACCAAGAAAAGUACAAUUAAACCUCUUAAAAUUCCAAGCUUUCUGUACUCUCGUAGUGCAUUUAUUUAUUUAUUUAUUUAUUUAUUUAUAUUUAUUUUUGGCCACAGUUUCCAUUAAGCAUGACAAUUUGCCACAUGUCACUGUAGUACUACUGUGUAUGUAUGAAUUAAAUAUAAAAUAUGUGUGCUUUAGUGUUUGCAGACUUUGAAAUGUUAUCUUUAAGAAAGUCAAUUGUACGCAUGGACUUCACUGUUUAUCAUCUGAAUUUUUGGGGGAGGGUUUUUUUUUUUUUUUAACAUAAAACACAACAUGAAUUCCAUCACUAUCACCAUAUGGAAUUUUCAUGCACUGAGCUCAUCAGCCCUUGAAUUAAAAGGUUUAAACACUGACUUCCACAAACAAAUUUAACAACAAACAAAUUUAACAUCAUCAUCCUAAAGGAGACAUGGUGCAAAACUGACAGUCACUCAGUGUACCCAAAGCUAUAAGGAAAUUCUAGUACCCUUUCAAAAGCUGAGCACAGUACACCAGGGCCAAGGCUCAGGGGGUCAGAUACAAAUCACACCUGCACAGAGUAAUAGACGCUUUUAAAACAGGAAAAUAACACAUUUGUCUAAAAAUGAGAAAAAAUACAUACUGUCUUCACAGGAGGAUGUAUUCUUUAGUACCAUAUACAUACCUGUUCCAUACAGUCUCUGUACUGCUCUGAGGACAUGUUUGUAGAGUUAGGGACAGAAAACAUCAGGACAAAAUGAUAAAAAACACCAGUUCUAAAUUUAAAUUGGUCAUUUUACAACUAUUCCAUUUGGUUCUGAGUAUAGGUUUCUACCAUGAAAUCUGGAAUCAAGCUCUGUUAACCCCAAUCUAUAAAACUGGAGAUAAUGUAUAGCAUCAUAAACUCAAGAUUUUUUAAAUCCUUAUUGAGCACAAUGUCUUGACUAGAAGUCCGAUGGGAUCUGACUGGAAAUUACAAACUGUUAUUAAAUAUGCACUUGUUUUAUUGCCUAUUAAAAAGGCUUUUGACUCCAACAUUGUUUAAACAUUUCAAUCCUGUAAUGCUUAACUGAGUUCAUCCUUACUUUCCUCUGCAUAGCAAGCACAGUAAACAGAAAAGCUGUACAAAGAAACAUUAAAUUUAUGGUCCUCUU